AUGUCGACACCAGCCCAAUCACCCAUGACACCUCAGCAGACGAUCACCAUGCUCGAUCGCCUCUUUGGUACGUACAAACUUCUUCGUUGUGGCGAGGGACUCACGGACCGCUUCCAGCGAGUUCGGCACCGGCUGGAAGAGCAAAGGAGGGAAGAGCUGACUUUGAAAGGGGGCGAUUAUCGCAGGGCCUAUGAUUGUUGGCGUGUUCUUGCAAACUUUCGUUAUCGGGAUCCUGUGCGUCCAAGCGUCGCACUACUUCGCUAGGUCGACGCCGGAUCCUCUUCUUUGUAGGCAAGUCGGUCCUUAGCCCGCCGCUUAGCACUGCAUGUUGCGAAGGCGCGACGCGUGAAUAACACGAGGGGAUCUAAAUGGUGCUUAUUUCCUAUUUUCGCCUCCCACAGGAUCGUGUUGGUAGUCAUCGGUUUAGCGCUCUGUGCCAAAUCGGUGCUCGACAUCGAAAACGUGUAUCGUGAUGUGAGUUGCCAAGCGCAUGGCUCUCAUGCCCACUCCAUCUCGGCUCUGCGAUCGUAAUGAAAAGCAUAGCUGUUGGGCCAGGCGACACUAAUAAUGUUAGCCUUCAUACAGCACAUUUUUGCCGUCGGCGAUCCCCCGUCUUCGAUAAUCGCACAUCUGCUGCUCUCUCGAACCAUCCUUGCGGAGGUGCCGCACUUUGCCGCGCAGUGCUUCCUCACGUUCCAAAUCUGGGUCGUCAGUCACUUGAGCAUUAGUUCGGGGGGCAAUAAUACUGAUAAUAAUCGUGUGGUUGGCUUAGAUUACGGAGAAUAUGAUCAUUCCGACGCUCGUCGGCGCCGCCGGUUCCCUCCUUUCCUUGGCACUCUUCAUCGUCUUCGCCAGCAAGCGCGGUAAGUGUCUUCGACGCUGAUUUCUUGGCCGAUUCCGAUGCUGAGGGCCCCGCGGUUAAUGUUUAUAAUGACCAACACCUUAGUGUUGGAUCCUAAGGCUGUAGCUACCGCCACGAGCGUCACAGAGUGGAUCCCUCCCUGGGUGGUCUCCUGCGCGGUUCGUCCACUUCGGCCCGCGGUGUAGCGGCCGAAGGACUCAUCAUCGGACUUGUGCGCAUGUCUCGCAGGCCGUCGAUGUCUACCUUUCCCUCAUCCUGGCUUACUUUGUGCUGAAGGCGAAGAAGCUGAAACCCACCUCUCGGUAAGCUUAGACUUUUGACUAAAUACAUGAUCUAAGUGACGUCUGCCCGCUGACCUGUCCUGGCCUCUUUUGGGUUCGUUGACAAUCGUCCCUCCCGCCGUUAUAUCGUCAGUUUCGACAUGAACGUGAUCCGACAAAUCGCUUCUACAGCCGUCACGAUAUGCUUCCCAGGAGCCAUCAUGGCCGUCCUCAUGGCGAUUCUCGAGAUCAGCGAUACCAAGGUCGCGGUAAGUUUUUCAGUGUCGGCGCGGUGACUUACUUCCCGGACGUUCAGGGGGCGGGGUGGUUGUUGUUGGAGAGGCUCAAAAAGUAUCCGUGUUGCAGAUCUGGAUGCUCUUCGCGGUCCCUUUGGCCAGCGUGUACUCCAUGUGUGUGCUCUAUGCGCGUAAGUACGGUCAUCCUUUCGUUCUAAAUCUCGACUGCUGCAUUCAUUCAUCUCCCCGGGUGUUUUCUAAAAAAUCUUCCCCCCUGACCAGUCAACUCGCGCGACGACCUGACCGAAGGCUCGACCGCGCACGCCUGGUCCGGUCAAGAGAACGGAACGGGAAUCCAUGGCCACGGCGGAAUCGGUUCCGACCCUGCGAACUCCAAAGCGCAUCCCGUCAGUACGAUCUUUACGCGCUCCAACGAGCCGAGGAACCAACAGAGCGGUUCAUCGAACGGCCACGCGGGCCAUGCGACCGGCGGCGAUCUCGAAUUGGCCGAGUUGGAAAAGGGAGAUCAUCAUGGUGUGGCAGCGCUUGAGGAGGAUCAGGAUCCCGAUCAGGGGGGUUUCAUGCCCAAAUCGAUGAUCAAGAAGCAUCGCAAGGGGAUGAGGUCGGGGGUCGAGUUCGAGGUGCAGGUCACGAGGACGAUCGAGAAGUAUGAUACGUUCGGCGAUUCGAACGUCGAGAGGAUCGAGCAUGAGUUUGAAAAAGAGCAGUGA